UCCCAGCCAAGUGCCUGUUGGUAGGAAUCCGCUUGGCCUCGGGUCUGAGGGGGCUUGGAGGUGGCUGUGGCUGCGACUGAAGCAGGCAUCCAGGAGAGUCCACAGGAAAGAAGGCGCCAUGGACGAUCAGGGCUGUCCCCGGUGUAAGACCACCAAAUACCGGAACCCUUCGUUGAAGCUGAUGGUGAAUGUGUGCGGACACACUCUGUGUGAAAGUUGCGUGGACUUACUCUUUGUGAGAGGAGCUGGAAACUGUCCUGAGUGUGGCACUCCACUUAGAAAGAGCAACUUCAGGGUACAACUCUUUGAAGAUCCUACUGUUGACAAGGAAGUUGAGAUUCGGAAAAAAGUGCUAAAGAUAUACAAUAAAAGGGAAGAAGACUUUCCUAGUCUAAGAGAAUAUAAUGAUUUCCUGGAAGAAGUGGAAGAAAUUGUUUUCAACUUGACCAACAAUGUGGAUUUGGACAACACCAAAAAGAAAAUGGAGAUAUACCAAAAGGAAAACAAAGAUGUCAUUCAGAAAAAUAAGUUAAAGCUGACUCGGGAACAGGAGGAAUUGGAAGAAGCUUUAGAGGUAGAACGACAGGAAAAUGAACAAAGAAGACUAUUUAUACAAAAAGAAGAACAACUGCAGCAGAUUCUAAAAAGGAAGAAUAAGCAGGCUUUUUUAGAUGAACUGGAGAGUUCUGAUCUCCCCGUUGCUCUACUUUUGGCUCAGCAUAAAGAUAGAUCUACCCAACUGGAAAUGCAACUUGAGAAACCUAAACCUACAAAACCAGUGACAUUUUCCACAGGCAUCAAAAUGGGUCAACAUAUUACAUUACCACCCAUUCAGAAGCUUGAAGAAGCUCUAUAUGAAUAUCAACCACUGCAAAUAGAGACUUGUGGGCCACAAGUUCCUGAGCUUGAAAUGCUAGGAAGACUUGGUUUCUUGCUGCUGAUAGUCGCUCUCCUGGCUUCUUACUCAGUUCAUCUCCUGCUUAGUUUGUGUAUUCAGACAGCUGUGACAUCUUAUGAAGAUCUUGGACUCUUUGCAUUUGGAUUACCUGGAAAGAUGGUGGUAGCAGGCACCAUAAUAAUUCAAAAUAUUGGAGCUAUGUCAUCUUAUCUUUUAAUUAUUAAAACAGAGCUUCCUGCUGCUAUUUCAGAAUUUUUGUCUGGAGACCAUAGUGGGUCUUGGUAUCUUGAUGGAGAAACACUGCUAAUAAUCAUCUGUGUUGCCAUUGUGUUCCCUCUUGCACUUCUUCCUAAAAUAGUUUAUCUUCUUACUGUGUUCUGCCUUCAACUUGAGCAAGGACUCCCUGUUACCCUUUGUUGUCAGAUAAUAAUCAAAAAAUGGUCCAUCCCUUGUCCUCUGACAUUAAAUUCUGUAGAGCAAUACUUCCAGAUUUCAAAUGCUACAGAUGCUUGUAAACCAAAGCUCUUUCAUUUCUCCAAAGAGAGUGCUUAUGCCAUACCAACCAUGGCUUUUUCAUUUCUCUGCCACACCUCAAUAUUGCCCAUAUACUGUGAACUUCAAAGACCUUCUAAGAAAAGGAUGCAGAAUGUAACCAAUACAGCAAUUGCUUUAAGUUUUCUCAUUUAUUUUAUAUCUGCACUCUUUGGGUACCUCACUUUUUAUGACAGUGUGGCGUCAGAAUUACUACAAGGUUAUAGUAAAUACUUGCCACAUGAUGUUGUCGUCAUGACUGUGAAGUUAUGCAUACUAUUUGCUGUGCUUUUGACAGUCCCUCUAAUCCACUUCCCUGCAAGGAAAGCUUUAAUGAUGAUGUUUUUCUCCAAUUUUCCAUUCUCAUGGAUUCGCCAUUCUUUGAUCACUAUAGCUCUCAAUAUUAUCAUUGUUUUACUUGCAAUAUAUGUUCCUGACAUUAGGAAUGUACUUGGUGUAGUUGGUUCCAGUACAUCAACAUGUUUGAUUUUUGUGUUCCCGGGACUGUUUUAUCUUAAACUGAGCAGAGAGGAUUUUCUCUCAUGGAAAAAGUUGGGGGCGUUUGUUUUGCUCAUCUUUGGUAUUUUGGUUGGUAAUUUUAGUUUAGCACUCAUUAUUUUUAAUUGGAUUAAUAAGUGAAAGAAAUCCUUUCCCACGUCUUUUGCUGAAUGAUUUACCUCCAGAUGCAAAAAGGAAUUAUUCUGGAAGGCACCUUGGAUGAUCCUCUUUAUAUGGCCUAACAUUUUUGCAAACAUUGACAGAAAAGCAGAACAAAACAGGAGUCGGUAGGGGAAAGUAGACAUAGCAGUUUUAAUCAAAAUAAGAAACUCAGAAUGCCCUUAAAUAUGUUGAGCAUCUUUUGUUUGUGGUUUUUUUUUAAUUAACGGACUUUAUUUUUUAGGGUAGUUUUAACGUUUACAGAAAUAAUUGAACAGAAAGUACAGAGAGCUCUCAUAUAUUCCCUCACUCCAGCACACCCGUAGUGUCCCACAUUACUAACAUCUUGCAUUAGUGAAGUACAUUUGUUAUACUUGAUGAGCCAACUUUGAUACAUUACUAUUAACUGAAGUACAUAGUUUACAGUAGGGUUCACUUUUGAUGCAACCACUGAUCUUUUUACUGUCUCCAUAAACACCAUGAGCAUUCCCCAUGAGCCUUUUCUAAAAUGUCAUUUGGUGGAAUCAUAUAGUAUCUAACCUUUCGGGCUGGCUUCUUUCACUUAGCAAUGUGUGUUUAAGUUUCCUCCGUGUCUUUUCAUAGCUUGAUAGCUCUUUUUUUUUAAUCACUGACAAUAUUCCAUUGUAUGGAUGUACCACAGUUUGUUUUUCCAUUCACCUGUUGAAUGACCUCUUGUUUGCUUCCAAAUUUUGGCAUUUGUGAAUAAAGUUGCUACAAACAUUUGUAUGCAGACUUUUGUGUGGACAGAAAUUUUCAGCUUAUUUGGGUUAAUACCAAAGACUAUUUUUUAGCAAUUGCUGCAUGGUAUGGUAGAAUAUUUAGUCUUAUAAGAAACUGCCCAGCUGCCUUCCAAAGUGGCUGUAACAUUUUGCAGUCCUGCCAGCAGUGUGUGAGAGUUCCUGUUGUUCCACAUCCUUGCCGACAUUGGGUGUUGUCAGUGUUUGGGAUUUUCACCAUUCUAAUGGGUGUGCAGUUGUAUCUCAUUGUUGUUUUAAUUUGUAUUUCCCUAUUGACAUAUGAUGUUGAGCAUCUUUUCACAUGUUUAUUUGCCAUCUGUAUAUUUCCUUUGAUGAGGUUCAGAUUUUUAAAAUUGGGCUGUUUUUACAUUGUUGAGUUUUAAGCAUUCUUUAUAUAUUUUAGACACCAGUCCUUUAUCAGAUAUGUGUUUCACAAAGAUUUUCUCCCAGUCUGUGAGUUGCCUUUUCAUUCUCUUAACAACAUCUUUCACAGAGAAGUUUUUAAUGUUAUUAAAUAUAUUGAGACAAUUUUUUGUUUUUAAAGAAAUCAGUAUAUUGUUUAUAUACAAAAUUGAAUUUUAGUUCGUAGGUUAAUGUCAACAUCAGUCACCAAUAACAAAACUGUUGGAUUAUUUCACUUGGUAUUUUGCCCUGACUCCAAAUCCUAAGAAACUUCUGUGAUUUUCCUCUGUCGUGCAGUAUGAGAUAGAGCUGUGAUGACUGGCUGUGGAUUUGAAAGUUCUCUGAGCUUUCUCAUUUGUCACUAAAACAUGUGACUUUCUACUUGGCGAACAGAGACAAAUAUUGAUGAUUUAUAUCAUACUUUGUUUGGAGGUUAUAGAUCGUUCCAGUCUUCGCAUUGAUGUGGCUUAUUCCUGGUUGGAAACCAGGAGCUAGGUGCCUCCCUCCCCUACUGCCCCAGGGAGUAUUCUUGUAAAGGGCACCUUGUUAGCAGCCUACCAAAGCCAGGGUGUAUCAGUAAAAAUGUAAUCCUACCCCUGCACACAUGUAAAGUAGAGAAUUACAUGCAAAGUGCCAAUUUGCGUGUAUGGAAAUGUACACUUUUGCUGGUGCCCCCUUGCUUCCCACUUAGGAAAUGGGCUGAAAAAUUGACAACUGAGUUAAGUUUCCUCUUUGGCAACUUGAGAUCAGCAUAGUGUAAUGGAAAAGGUCCAGGUUUGGGGGUUAGAAAGACUUAGAUGAAAAUCUCAGUGAAUUUAGGCAAACCACUUAACCUCUCUAAACCUCUACUUUCACAUAGGUAUUAAAUGGAGUUAAUACCAAUUAUACAGGGUUGUGUUGAGAGGAUUAAAUGACCUUGCAUAAAUUAGGUGCAGACCAAAAUAGGCGCUCUUAAUAAAUUAGAUGUUUAUCCCCUUUUUUUCCCCCAUCCUUUCAUCUAGACCUGUAAAAUGAAGUUGCUUUCAGACGAGGACAUGGAAUUUCUUCAUCUUCCAUCUUGCACAACUAAUAUGUUUAGAAUCGUUUUCUAGCCUUCGCUCACAGGAGAACUGGCCCCAUGUGCAUUCUUUUUAAUGCUUUCCCACAUUUCUAUGGGAAAUUAUAGAUGCAAAUACAAAUAGGUGUUCAGCUGCUAAAAUAAAUCUAACUCUCCUAAUACCAAAAUAGCCCUAAAUCUGCAACAGAUGCAAGGAUGCCUCCUGGGGCAGAUGUUAAGUGUGAUGACAGGUGGGCAUCAAUUAAUACAUUUGUCACCUGCUCGUGGGAUGGGAUCAUGGGAGGUUUGGCAAACCUAUUGAACGCUGCAUGAAACUUAGUUAAUAUCAAAAGAAAUUAUUUGGAGAGGU